AUGCCUAAAGGUCCACCAAGUGUUAUCAUCACUGAUCAGGACCCUGCUAUGACAAAAGCAAUUGCACAAGUGUUCCCUCAAACAGUGCAUCGGUAUUGUUUAUGGCACAUACUGAAUAAAUUUCCAAAAAAAUUAAAUCCUUUGACUUUUCAAAACCAUUAUCAAAGCUUAAAGAAUGUCAUUGCAAAUUCUACAACACCUGAUGAUUUUGAAAAGUCAUGGGAAGAAGCUAUCAAGUCUGCUAACUUAGAGAAUAAUGAUUGGUUAUCGUUGAUGUAUGAAUUACGACACAAAUGGGUGCCAGUAUAUUUUAGACAUUUAUUUUGUGCUGGAAUGUCAAGUAGUCAAAUAUCUGAAGACUCACAUGCAUUUUUCAAGAGAUAUGUCUCAAAUAAGAACUCACUGAUGUAUUUUAUCACCCGUUUUAAUAGAGCACUGAGACAUCAAAGACAUAAUGAGUUAGUUGCUGACCAUAUUGACAUGAAUGAGCAUCCGAAAAUUAAGACAAAUUGGCCAAUGGAAACUCAAAUGGUUAAGUUGUACACAAAAAAGAAAUGGCUGGAGUUUCAAAGUGAAAUGAGCGAGAGUCAUGGUUAUUAUGUGCAGCAAGUAUUUACAGAAGUUCACUCAGUGGUUUACCAUGUGAUGAAAUUUCAAAGUUCUUCUUCCUCCAAACCAAGGGUACUUAUGCAUGACAAGCAAAGAGAUUACAUAUCAUGUAGUUGCACAAAAUUUGAUUUUGAGGGCAUUCCAUGCAGACAUAUGCUAGCUUUUUUCCGUAUCAACCAAGUGUUUCAUUUGCCUGAUACAUAUAUACUCAAACGAUGGACACGAGAUGCAAAAAUUAGAGCAAUAUAUGCUUUGGGGGAGCAAAAUUACAUUAAUGAUCCAGAUCCAGAAAGGUGUUUGAUGUCUAGACACUCAAGGUUAUCUUAUAAAGCUUCAAUAUUAAAUGAUGAUGCAUCUUUGACUAAUGAGGGGACAACCUUUUUGGAUGAACAAUUUGAUUCUAUCUACAAUAAAAUUCAAGAGAUGAAUAUUAGUAGAACAUGCAAUGAUAGAAGUCAAAAGAAGAAAUCUGUGGAUGAGGGCUUUGGUAUUAUUGAUCCUUCUUCAGUCAGAACAAAGGGAUGUGGGAAGAGAUUGAAAUCAUCAAAGGAGAAAUCAACCUCAAAUUCCAGGCUAUGUCGUGGAUGCGGACAUCGAGGAGUGUCACAUGACAAGCGCAAUUGUCCAACUUUGCAACAAGGGGGAUCGACUGAAGAUACUAAUCAUAACAUUGUUGACGACAUGUAUGAACCAGAUUUGACUUCUAUAUCAGGUUCUAACAACAUGCAUUGGUAUUCAUCUAUUUCCUUUAUUUGUAUGUUUGAUUUAGUGCACUAG